GAGAGAGAGAGAAAAGAGUGAGUGUUGGAGGACUAAGCUAUCCCACUCUGCUCCUCGAUGCUGUACACUCUAGCCGGCGGGGGCGCACUCUGCGGUGUGGCCUCCCUGGUGCUGCUCAUUGUUGCCACGGCAACUGAUUUCUGGAUGCAGUACCGCUAUUCCGGGAGCUCAGCCAAUCAGGGGCUCUGGAGGUUCUGCAUCAACCGAAAGUGCCACUCCCACACCAUCACUGUCGCGUUCUGGGAUGCCACGCGAGCCUUCAUGCUGCUGUCGAUGCUGAGCUGCUUCACCGGAGUCAUCCUGGGGCUCAGCGCCUUUACCAACGGGGCGAAGAAUAAGAGGGUGAAGGCUGGGGGCAUAGCGCUCUUACUGUCAGGGUUCCUGGCUCUCCUAGCCCUCUCUAUCUACACAGGUGUCACAGUUCAUUUCUUUGGGAAGCGCUUUGUAGACUGGAGAUUUUCUUGGUCCUAUAUCCUCGGCUGGGUGGCAAUCAUUCUCGCCUUCGCUGCUGGUAUUUUUCAGCUCUGUGCUCAUCAGAAGAACAGCACUGAGCCCCCCCCUCCCAAUGUGACUGACAGCUAGAUCCCGUCCGUCAACCUUGCUGACUGACUAGAACACGCCCCUUUUACUGUGACUGCUUGCUAGAUCCCGCCCUCUCAAUGUGACUGAUGGAUAGACCCCGUCCGUCAACCUGACUAGAACUCGCCCCUUUUACUGUGACUGCUUGCUAGAUCCCGUCCUCUCAAUGUGACUGACAGAUAGAUCCUGUCUUCUCAAUCUAACUGACAACUUGACUCCGCCUUCCACAACUGACUGACAGCCUCUUAGCACGCUUUCUGAAUGAGGAGUGAUUAUGCAUACCUGCAAUAGACCUGCGUUUGGACAGAUCAGAAACGAUCUGGAUUGAAAUCUGGAUUUGAUUGCCACAGAUCUGAAUGCAUCACAAUGUAAUCUUGUGUGACUCCAAGGACCGGACUGAGGCGUCAGGGAAGCUGGACCUUAAGGAUGAGAGCCCAGUCCCUGGGAUUGUCAGCGAGCUGCCCCUGGCUCUGUAGACACUGCUGGCUUUUGCAAUAAAACCACCUCAGAGCACCA